GUGGUUGGUAUCCAAAAUCUGCAGUAACUAGGAAGGAAACCAGGGUCUCAUGGUUUAAAAGACUUUGAAGCAGGAAUGUUGCAUUUGACGCCUUUAAAACUACCUUUUUGCUGUUGGGAGGAGUCGGGGGCGAGCCUUAGCAGCUGCACCGCCAGCCCCAUGCUGGUCGGUGCUGCCCUGCCUCUCGUGCCGGGUGUUGCUUCAGCCCAGAGCCAGAGGGCUGGGUCCCGGGUCCUCCACAGGUGGCCCCGGCGGACACAUGCAUUCCCGUCCCGGCCCCCGUCUCUGCUUUUCCACCUCCACCUGCGUGUGGGUUUGCCGCCUUGUCAUCGGUCGUGUGAGUGUCGCAGACCUUUCCAGAGCUCCGGUUCACUCUUUCCAAACAGGCCUCCCUGUCGGUGGCAUCGCACUCCCAGAACCUUCAGUUUCUACGAUGGUUUGUUUGGUCCUUUUGAACCACCCCAAAGAACUCAAUAUGGCAAGCAAAUGGUAAAAGCUUCCCGACUGUUGGACUUUGGGUCUGCGCGAAGCCCAUUCACGUGUGAUCUGUGUCGCCCCUCUCGGUGGUCCCAGGCGAUCCAGCCAUGCCCCCUGCCCCUCUGCCCAGAUGCUUCAGGGGCCCGGCUUUUCAGGCUUGCCCUCACCAGCGGCCGUCAGCCGACACUCAGGGAUGUAGCAAACACCACUCCGCCAGUGCUUUUGGUAGGAAGAGCUGAGGCUGCCUGGGAGGCCCGGGGCGACAGGAAAAGGGCUCUCUCCAGUUCUGAAAAGAGAAUCUGCCACCAGAUCGAAUUUCGACCCCUGAGCUUGUUCAGACAUGUGGUCCGAAUUCAGAUUAAGGUGGUCACCCAGUCCGAGAUGUCAGGAAAGGCCUUCUGCAGAGAAAAUGUCCCCCUACCCGCCAUCUGCAGCCAGGUGUGUGCCGCACGGCAGCCUUCCCGAAACAUAGUAUCGAUUUUAAAAAUGUGUUUAUUUUUGUUUCUCAACCACUUUAUAAUGUAUUUUUUAAUUUAUUUUGUAAUGUCUUGUUUUUAAGUAUUGCUGCUAUCCUUGUUAUCCUUCCCACGGUUUUUAUCGCUGAUUUAUUUUGUGAAAGUUGUACACUAAUGUUCUGUUUUAUGUCAAAAUCAAAAGUAUUUAAUGAAAUACUAGUUCUAUUUAAUGUGGUUAUGGAACCAGCUGGAAACACAAAACAAACAGUGAUUGUACAGCAGGCUGGGCCCAGGAGGUCAGGUUCAUUUUGUUACAUAUGCAAUAAACUCACGACUUUACAUUU